ACGAGGGAAUAAACAAAAAAAAAAUUACCUACCUAGUUUUUUUUAAUGACGUUGACGUUAAUGUUGUGAAAUCUCAAGAAAUUAUUUUGUAAAAAUCACUUGAUUUGAUAAUCUCAUAUUUAUACAUAGUUUGCCUUUCUAAAUUGGUAAGGAAGUAAGUCAAAUAACAUAUUAUCUGUCUGAGACACAUCAAAAUGUUGCGGUUCCCCAAACUGGGAGGCGAUCGCAGCAGCGAGUGGCGCUGCUUGUUCUGUCUUCAUGUGCGGACUGGCACUAUACUAUUGGGAACAUGGCACUUGAUGCUGCACCUCAUAGCCCUAGGUUUCCUAGCUGCUAUAGUUCGUGAUCCUCGGCUGCUGGAUGAAUUGGAACGUGAUGGCUCAUCCGUUGCAGACUGGAGUGAUGUGGGCAAGCCAAACAAUGUGCUCCCUACCCCCCUGUCUAAUGUGGAAGCCCCUCCUAGCUCUUACCCUCAACAUUCCACUCAACCUCGAGACCAUGGACUGAUAUACCAUGAUGUGGAUGUGGGUGCACUGGUUACAGUGUGCACCCUGACCAUCACGCUCAUGCUGAUCUACGGGGCGGCCCGAGGCAAGCCUGCUCACCUGCUGCCUUUCUUCUGCCUGCAGAUAUUUGACUUCGCUAUCACUGUACUGACAGCCACCGGCUACCUAUGCUACUUGCGUUCGAUCCACCGGCUGGUGGCGGAGACCCGACGGGUGCCGUGGCGCGCGGAGCUGCUUCAGCUGCCGGCGCCGGCGCUGGCGCUCGUGGUGCUCUCGGCUUUCCUGCUCGCCGUACUGCUCAAGGCUUACUGCAUCAACAUAGUGUGGCGCUGCUACAAGUACCUGACGAUGCGCGCGCACGCGCUCCACAGCAUGACGCCGUUCGUGAUCUCGGAGAGCAUCGUGGCCCCCGCGCCCCCCUACUCCGCCCCCGCCCCCGCCCCCGCCCCGGAUUAUUCCAGCCUGUUGCCUGACUACGAGGAGGCUGUGAAGCAAACCCCGCCGCCAUCUUAUCGCGCUGCUACCCUUAUGGCCACAUCUGACCCAGCUAUCACUACCCCGGAGACCCCGCCCCCGGAGCCGCCGCAGCCGGCCGCCAACACGGUGGUGAUGUUGCCGCAGCACGGCACGCAGGCCCGCGUUUGAAUCUCACAGGCACUUUAGUUUCAUUGUUACGCGCUUUGGAAACCAUCAGGCUGGAGUUCCAAUUAUAGUCUGUUUUUAAUGUAGGCAGAAAACUUGUCAACGCUAAGUUUAGAUUAUUAUGUAUAGUCUGAUUCUAAUGUGAACGAAAAACUUAGCAGCACUGAUUAAUAUUAGUUCGGUGUAAUCUGUUUCUAAGGUAGACGGAAAACUAGUCAACGCUGAGUUUUUAGAUUAGUAUGAUAUGACGACGAUAAAUGAUGUGUGCUAUCCCACACAUAGUGUAACCCAGAAGAACAACCAAUUACCUUUACAAAGUGUUAUUAUCUACGAGGCAGAUAUACUUGCGUUGAAACUUAUAAUAUUGAGUAAUUAGUAUUUCGUCUACAUUAGAAACAGAUUGUGAUUGCGUUUUAUUUAAUAUUGUGACUAUUAUAAACCAUUGCGUUCGAUGUCGCCCAAAGCACGUGUCAAUGCAACCAAUCUUGACAAAAGCAGUAAUUGGUUUAUGCAGGCUAUAUUUAGCUAAACUGUACGGGAAGGUAUGUACAUUUUAUACAAAACAUUUAAAAAAAUCUGUUAUUGAUUCGUAUAAUUUAAUUUUGAAAAGUAACCUGUUUUACAUUUUGUUUCAACUUGAGAAAAAUCUUGAAGUGUAUACAUAUUCCCCUACUACUUAGUAAGCUUUAGGAAAUAUACUGUGCUUAUUCCAAUUACUGUAUAUAAAUCUAACAAUAUUAAUUGAGACUAUUUUUAAGGGCAUAAGCUUUUUCUCCUUUUUUAUAUCUCAGAAUUAUCUAGCAUAGAUGUGUUUCUGUAUUUUUUAUUCUAUACUAAAAGUGUUUCUUUUUGCUUUCUAAAUUAUCCGUUUAAAUAACUUGUCCUUAUAAUAGUUUAUAUUGAUUUUGUCAGACUAUUUGCACUGGAGAUGGUUUAACAAAUAAAUUACUAUUUCACAUACGAAUUUUAACCAUUUUUUAUUUAUUUAUAAAAAAAUGGACCCAUUUCAUAGCAUUGAUAUUAGACAUAAAAUUAUAGAAACCUGUAUAUUUUUAUCCAAAUUCAUCAUUAAUUAUACGCUAAAAUGCACGAAUAUGUAUUUUGUCUUAUAGAUAAUUUGCAUACUCGCCCUUUUUUAUAUUUUAUUUAGUCUUAACUAUUAUGACUGCCUACAGUACCUUUCUUUCAACUGAUUAAGUUGAACAGUAGAACUAAAAGAUCUAUUAGUUCUGCUUCCACUGAACUACGAGGAAAAAGGUCUGGCAGGAAUUAUUAUUAUUCUAUUUUUAAUCACUGAUCAUAAAGUGUGUUGUACAAUUGUCUAGUGCCAUGGCGUUGUGUUUGAAAAUUUUAUUUUUGUAUAUUAAAAAAUCAGUGGUAUUAUAUUCCUUUUAAUAAAUUUACAUACUGAUUUAUUUCUACCCUAUACAUUUGUGGUCUCAGCAAAUCAACUAUAUUUCCUAUAGUAACCAUUCAAAUCGUUAUAAAGCAUUUAUGAUACCAUUUAUUUAUAUUAUAUAUUGUAUAAAAUAUAUACUAAUUAAAAUACUUGCUGACAUUCCCAACAUACUAUUUGGGCCUUUUAAUAUUUAAAUGUAAGAUAUUCUGUCAUUGUAGGUACAUAAUUUUUUUUUUAAAUAAGCAUAUUCUUUUCAUAAAUGCUUUUCGUAUGUGCCAGUAUUUUUCUGUUUUUUUUUUUUAAUAAAAAGUAAACCAUUUAUUUUAUGAUUGAUAUCAAGAUUUGCGCCGUCCAUUCCCAUUCUUAAAUUCACUGAAUUUACUUAAUAAUCACGUGUUCCUAGUAUUGUAAAUAUUCAAGGGUGCGUUUUUAGAUAAUCAUGUAGUUUUUGAUGAAUAGCGAUCAUAGUUGAUGGUAUUUGAAAAAUAAAUGUCGUCGGCCUAGUGUGGGUUAUUUAUAAUGCCAAAUUCGUUAUCUGCUUAUUUAUGAAAGCGUUAGUAAUAGCCUGAUUCAAUUUGCAAUUUUGUAUUUCCCAGAAAAAAAUCAUCAAAUAAAAUUUACCCCAUAAAGUCAUAUUUGCCCAUUAACAAGCUUUUAUUUUUUUAAAAUAGUAAAACGUUAUUAUACCUUACGAGAAUUUGUCUUAUCUUAGAUAACUCACGCUAGGGCUUAAAAUCGUUGUCAAAACAUACAUUAAAAUGCCAAAAUCUAUGGUGCCUUAAAUACAUUGCAUAAACGCAUCCUUAAAUUGUUAGAUGGCUAAUUGUUCGGAACAUGAAAGCAUUCGAUUAUAAAUCAUAUUAUAAUGUAAUGAAUUAGAUCGCUUCUAACUGCUGCUUUGACAUGAUAAGAGAUCGUGAGUAGUUUCAUUGUGGCCUAAAAUUGAGUGAUUUGUGAGUGUAGUAGUUGUAAGGUUCAGGCAGACUAACGACAGUGUGUCGCUGACAAGUCGCUCGUGUGCUUGAGCCCUAAACGUUAUGAUUUGAAGUCAAAUUAAUUACAGAAUUAAAAAGCUAAUUUUAUUUUUUCAAAUACAUAUGCUCUUAUAUAAGCCAUGAUCUGUUUAUUAGAGUGUAAAGUGUCUAUAAUAUGUAUCUAAUAUUUAUUUAUUUAUCUAUGUAUGUUGUCGCGUACGUUCUGUCGUUCUGAUGUACUUGUACUAACAUCUCAUUACACUUAUGUGUACUUUGUCAUAUUAAUGUUAUUACGCCGGUAAAUUAUGACUUUGAAACGUAACGUUUAAAAGUAAAAUGUUAGCUAUUGUACUUAGAUACUGAGAUAGAUUUUUUGAACUGUUGGUUUGUGGGAUUAGAAAUUUAUCAGUCUGUCAAUUAAUUUCCUAACUUUCUUGAUAAACGAAGUAAUGUACCUAACUGUAAUCAAAUCUGUCGAUAAAUUCUUUUUUCGGUGUGCUUAUGUAAGAUUGUCAUAGGAAUGUAUUGUAUUAAAUUAUUGACUAUGUAAGAUAUCAAAAUUUUAAAUAAAUCAUAAUAAUACUUUAA